UACAUUGCUCUGGACGGACGAUGGGUCGACGGCGACAAGGAACGUUUAUCAGACGACGAUGACGCCUCAGACUCGAAUGCGACUCCAAUCUUGCAACGCCCCUCUGGUGCUCGCAGUGCUACUUCCUACCCCUUGCCGCCACGUCGCUUCACCAGAUACUUCACCUUGAUCAUUGUUCUGAUUCUGGUUGGUCUCGGCCUUACCUUGGCUCGCUUGAGCGCGCUUUCCGAAGCUCAACUACGAUCCGGUGAAGCAAAACCACCACCUCCACCACCCACCUGGGAGAGUUUUCCUUUCUUAAAACGCUACCAUGGCGGUAUCAGAACUCUGAUCUCUCGCGCCGACAACAAACCCGAAUUCCCAGAUCCCGACAACAAUACACUGGAAUCUACCGUGCAGAAAGAUCAACAAGAGCAAACCGCUCCAUCAGAAGAAAAGGGCUUCCAAAAGAGAGACAUACCCCAAGGCCAGAGAUUCAACCCUGUUAAUCAAGAUGGUGUCGUCGAGUGUUAUCUCAACGAGGAAAGAAAGAGCAAUGUUCCACAGCUUUUGGCAUACCCAGGAAUACCCAAAGGCUUCCCAGACCCUAUCAUGGGCUCUUAUGAAUUGUUUGGCAUGAAUGGCGACGUUUGCUUCGAGCGCUACGGAAGACUCGGUCCCUAUGGUUUGGGCUACAGCAAGAGAUGGGGUGGCAGUGGUGCCGGCAUGGAAGGACAUCGUGAGGGAUCAGACCAAGUCUGGGGUGGCAAGACCGAAAUCGACUACCGUGAGGUCAACUGGGCUCAAGCCCAGCAGAAAUGCGUCCAGAAGAACAAAAGUCGCUUCAAGCCUCUACCAAAGGGUCGAAAACACUUCUUCACUGACAUGCCUGUCGGAGGUCCUGAGGACGAGAAACCCAAAAGAGAGGAAAACCAAGACAAGAAGCUGCUACCGAGACAAGCUGUCGUCAUCCGAACAUGGCACGACUACCAAUAUGACGAUGAAGACAUGUUCUACUUGCGCGCCCUAAUCAAUGAGUUGUCUCUUCAAUCUGGCGGCGAGUAUACUAUCCAUUUCCUGGUCCACGUCAAGGAUAACGACAUGCCUAUAUGGAGCGAUGACUUCACCUACCAGCGUGUUCUGAACGAAUCACUCCCUCUGGAGUUCAGAGGUAUGGGUACACUCUGGUCAGAGAGACAAAUGAGUUUGAUCUAUGGAGGCAUAGCAGAAACAAACUACCGCGAUUUGCCUAUCCAUGGCGCAUACAGAUCGACAAACAUGCCAUUGUCCUACUUUGCUCAUAUGCACCCUGAAUACGACUUCUUCUGGCACUGGGAAAUGGAUAUUCGCUACACUGGCCACUUCUAUCAUCUCUUCGACAAGGUCGGCAAAUGGGCUGACCAGCAACCCCGUAAAGGUCUCUGGGAGCGCAACGGCAGAUUCUACAUUCCAUCUGAGCACGGCUCUUGGGAAGACUUUAAGCACAUGGUGCGCGUACAGACAGAGCACGGUACAGCACACAAAGCAGGCAUGUACGAAAAGGUAUCCGGGACUGAGAAUACGCAAGUACGCACACCGCCUGUCUGGGGCCCAAUGCCACCAACUGGCGAAGGCGAUCAUAUCGAAACUGAGAAUGACCCCCAACCACCGACCACACCGGAGAAGGACAACUACUCCUGGGGCGUAGGCGAACCAGCAGACUUCAUAACCUUCAACCCUCUCUUUGACCCUCACGCUACAAAUUGGAUUUUGGCCGAAGAUGUCACAGGCUACAACACCUCUGCCGGUUUCCCUCCUCGUCGUACAGCCAUCAUCACCGCAUCACGUCUCUCGCGCCGUCUUCUCGAGACCAUGCACAGAGAAACCGCUCUCCAGCGCCACAGCAUGUUUUCCGAAAUGUGGCCUGGAAGUUGCGCUCUCCACCACGGUUUAAAAGCCGUCUAUGCACCUCACCCCGUCUACGUUGACCGUAGAUGGCCGACCUCCUACCUAGCAGCUGUGUUCAACAAUGGACUUCAUGGUGCUUCUGGCGGUGCAAGAACUAGUGUGUUUAGUGAUGAAUUGCAGCACAACUUCUUAGGUACGACCUGGUAUUAUCAUGCUGGGUUCCCGGGGAAUCUUUGGAAGAGGUGGUUGGGAUAUAAGGUUGAUGGUGAUGGAGGCGAGAUGGAAGAGGUUGAGGGGGAGGGCAGGAUGUGUUUGCCUGGUAUGCUGCUACAUCCUGUCAAGCACGUGGAUCUGAUCUACGAGCACAGAGAGGGAGAGUAG